UAUUAGAAAUAGUCUCUUGUAAUGAAAACUGUAAUGAAAAUUAUAUUUGAUGAAUACUUGGUAUAAUAAUUUGCAAACUAUAUGUGUAAUUUUAUAGAAAGCAUUUGCUUAUAGCCUUCAGUAUUUAUUUAGAACACAUCACUUGCUGAUAACAAUGAUAAUGAUAAACCUUGGACUCCGGAUGUCAUAACGAUACUGCGUAUAUAUAAGCCUCUCGAAUACGUCAUAAAUGUUUAUUCUGCAGCGUUUUUCACGGAGUGGAGCUUUUCCAGGUUUUCGCGGAGCACAAUUUAUUGUGAUAGCUUAAUUACCGUCUUUUCACGUGCAUGCUAAAGAUCGAGUGAUAACGUAAACAAUAAACGAAAACGCAACGAUGGCUAUAAAUCCUGCAAAAGCUAUACUUCGGCAAGGAAGGACCGCACUAUUUAUAUGCGAUGUUCAGGAAAAAUUUGUGAAGGCUAUAUCCCAUUUUGAUGAGAUGGUUCAAAACUCAAAGAAACUGAUUAGUGCUCUGAAAAUUCUGAAUGUGCCCAUGCUAGUUUCCGAACAGAAUCCAAAAUCCUUGGGGAAGACCAUUCCUGAACUUGAUAUCUCUGGAGCCCGAGGACCUUUCGCCAAGAUGCAAUUUAGUAUGUGCACUCCUGAAAUUAAUAAGGAACUUGCAACGCUUUGUAACGGACAAAAACCAGAGUCUAUUAUACUUAUAGGAAUCGAAACACAUGUCUGCGUAGAAAAUACGGCUAUUGACUUGAGGCAAUAUGGCUAUGAAGUUCAUAUGGUGGCAGAUUGUGUUUCAUCACGUACUCUUGAAGACAGAUUACUUGCUUUGGAGAGAAUGCGGGACAUAGGAUGUCACAUAACCACCUCUGAAAAUGUUAUAUUUAAGCUUAUACGGGAUGCAAGUCAUGAAAAAUUCAAAACCUUAUUGACUCUCAUCAAAACACCAACUGCAUACACAGGAUUAGUUCCUAUCUCAAAGAUAUAAAUGCUCUUAAGAAGUUUCCUUUUUAUAUUUUUUCUAUAUAAACAUGUUUACAUCAAUGGAAUAUAUGCUAGUCAAUAUUACAAAUGGUUCUAAAAAUAAAGAAGCUAUAUUCCAUAUCAAAAUAUAAGCUAUAAGUUCUUUUAUA